GAGUCAAACCUUCCCCCACAAAUUCCCCAAAAAUUUCCCCACCAAUACGGCAGCAAAUCCCCCCCUCGACGCCAUGGCCGCCGCCCGCCUCCUCCUCGUCCUCGCCGCCGCGGCGACGCUCCUCGCGGCGGCCUCCGCGCGCCCCUGCGGCCACGCGCAGACGCUGCUCAUCUCCUUCUCCUCCGUCUCCAGGCCCAACCCAGACCCGGCCAACCCUUCGCCGCUCACCACCACCGUCGUCACCGUGCUCCGCGUCCGCCGCCUCGGCCCGCAUCGCCACCCCCACCUCCAGAUCCACCGCCCCGCCGAGCCCCUCCCCAAGUCCCUCCCCGGCGCCGCCGCCGCCCAGCCGUCGUCCUUCCAGGAGCGCGCGAAGGACAUCCUCGUCGUCGUCUCGGGCCUCCUCUUCGGCUUCGGCUGCGGCGCGCUCACCGCCGCCUCCAUGUACCUCGUCUGGUCCCUCCUCGCCUCCAUCGGCGGCGCAUCCUACGAGGAGGUCUACAGCGACGACGAGGACGACGAGGAAGAGGUGUCCGACGGCGCCGAGAGCCCCAAGAAGGCCGGCUACGUCAUCAUCCACGACACCGAGGAGUACGCUGCCGGUAAGAAUUAAGGAUCGGCAGGCAGAGGAUUUACGGUGCCUGAUUGCAUGGAAUUGUGGAGUAUAUACUAUCCGCGCCUAUUAUUGUGUUGCGCCUAUCUGUCUGACUCUCUCUACUUGUAUGGUUGGGGAAACGAAAUUAUUAAUAUAUAUGCUAUCUAUCUGUUUUUAUUACAUUUCA